AUGAUUUUCAACAUCCACCUACAACAGAAGAAAAGCUUGUGUGGCGCUCGAGUCAGGAUUGCCUGGAACUCCGAUCGGACCACGACGAUUGGCGGUACAGUUCGCAUCGAAGGGCUCUACUACGCCCUGACUGCUCUGCACCCCUUCCUUAAGCCUUCUGCCGAUGAGGAUGGCGAUUUUUCCAAAUCAGCUAAUCUGUCUCUUCCAGGUGACGGUGUUUCCAAGACCAAGAUGUUCCCAUAUAAGUUUCCUGCGUCGUUUCGAUCCCGCACUAUGUACGCGGAACACGGAGACGACAACCGAGUUGUGGCGUAUUUGCCCGGCUAUAAAGACACAUCUGAGUUGGACCCAGCCUUCUGGUCCGUCCAACAAAACUGGGCUUUGUUUCGUCUGUGUGAUCAGAGCCCCAAAGCUAACCGCCUCACGAUUGAGGGCCAGCGAGUGCUCUGUCCAUCCAAGGUCAGUCGCACCUCGCCCCGAGGCCAGUUGUGGUGUCUGACAGCAAACAGUUCUCGGCCUCCUGUCCGAACCGAUGCUUUCGGCAGAAUGAGUGGUGGAUGUAGCACAGCUACUGGCGGCACGCUUCCGACGACAUAUCAUUUGAGUAUGGUCUCGUUUGCGGAGGACGCUGGGGCAUGGAUAGUCGAUUCGGGGGAUAAUGGGUCCCUUUUUGGGAUGAUUGUGGCGCAGGAUGACGAGAGUUUUACCAGCUAUGCCAUAAGUGCGGCCGACGUUUUUGAUGAAUUGCGCGAUCGAUUUCCUGACAUUGUGAUUGCGUAG